UGGACGUUCAUUUUGCUCUUGACAGGUCGUUAUACCGCGCCCUUGGGGACCUGAGCUCUGGGUCGGGGCCGCUUUCCAGGCGCUUCCUGGGGACCCAGCCGGGGAGGACAGUGAGGAUGAGAUCAACUGCCGCGCUUCGUGCCAACCGUGAUCUCCUGUAACGGGGCUGUCCUCUUCCUCCGCACUCGCCCUCCGUCCCCUCUGAUUGAGGCCCCCAUUGCGACGGGCGGCGGGCGGGCACCCGGCCCAGUGCAGGUGUGGGAAUCGGCUGAGCACUCAGGGCCUGCCCGGGUCCGAUGGCGGCGGCGGCGGCGGCGGCGCUGGUGGACCCGGCGCGGGUGAGUGAGUGGAGGGCGCCCGCCGCCCUCACUCACCGGACCCCCAUAUGCACAUGGUCCGGGGCCCACGAUAGAGGGGAGUGGGGAGUCCCUGGACUCUUUUCCUCCACCUUCACUUCUCUUCCUUUGCUGCUGGUAUCCUAGGAUCACCCCUAGCCUGAGGUCCUGAGUCCUGGCCAGAGGUUCUGUGGGAAGUUCCACAAUUCUGGAAUCCAGUGGGACAAGACAUGGAAAGCAGUUUCACAGCAUUGGGACCGGGAUGUGCAAAUGCUGAGAGUUGAGGCUGAGCUGGGAGUAUUCAGGGAACUACAGGUCUCCCUUGUGUCUGGUGGGCACAAGUCAAGGCCUGGAAUGGCAGCCUGGGGAGCUUGGGCUGAGGGUGGUGGGAGCCACGGGAGGUUUGGAGUAGAGGAGAAAGGUGAUCUGACUCAGGUGUUCACAGGCUCCCUUUGGCUGCAGAGUGGAAGAGAGAGGUAGGGUUGGGUAGGGGGUGAAGUUGAGGGGGCAAAAAGGGAGGCCCAUAAGGAUGCUCUUUUAGUAGAUAUGGUGGGUGAUGGUGUCUUGGCCUGAGUGGUGACUGGAGUUGGGAGAAGUGUUUGGAUGUUGGAUCUGGAUUUUAAGCCAGCCAGAUUUUAUGAUAUGCAGAGAAGUGGAGGAGACUGGGCUAUCUCCAUGGAUUUUGGCCUCAGUUACUAGAAGGUGGAGUUGAAGUGCAUCAAAUGAAAUAGGGUGCUGGGUAGGGCGUUUCAGGGAAGAUCAGGAGGCAGAUUUUCACCCUGUCGAGGCUGAGAUGUCCUAAAGACUUCCAGGUGGAGGUACUGAAUGGGCAGCUGGACAUGAAUGUCUAAGUUAUGCUGAGGAAUUCAGCUUGGAGACAUCCGGUCAGCAGUAGUCAGCCUAUGAGCUGAGGUGGAGCUCUGGCUCAGAUUUGAGAGGGGGCAUCUUUAGCUUAUGGUGAAGGAUGUCCUACAGGGGCAGCUGAGGACUGGGUGGCUGGCCUGGGUAUUGGGCAGGGUUGGUGGGUGUCACAAGUCAGAUGGAGGGAGGAGCAGCCACGAGAGAAGGUGUGUGUGAGAGGAGGGCCCAAAAAGUAACCAAGACCCCAGGACAGAGGCUGAGGCAUAUUAGAGAUGCAAGUAGCAUGAGAGUGGAAUUGUGGCUCCUGUUUAUGCACCUCUGUAUGGGUUCACCAACAUUUCUUGGCCACCCUCUGUGGGGCCUGAGGGUUUCAGUCAGGAUGGCAGAUUAGCUCAGUGGCAGUCAGCUGCGAGUGUCCCAGGCCUGGGGUGGGAGGUCGUGGGGGUGGGCUUUGAAUGUGCAUCAGGAGGAAAGAGGAAUACUGAGACCAAUAAGGGGACAGCAUGAGUGAAGGCAGAGAGACUUGGAGGUCCCAGAAGUCUUUGUGGCCUAGUCUGGAUGGGUAAGGGUUAAAGGUAGGAAUAGGACCAGUUAGAGAAACUGAAGGAAGGCUGGGUGCCACCUCUGAAAGUUGGGACUUUUGGAAGUCUGGGUCAGGAUGGGAUCCUGGCUGACCUCACCAAGUCAGCCACAUUCUGGACACCAUUUGCACAGUGGUAUGUAGGGCUGCUGGGAGGAAGAACGGGCCAUGUGAUGGUGCUGGGGUCUGGAGAUGUGUGGUACAAAGAUGGAUGUGCACAUGCAGAGGGAGUAUGAAUUGAUGGACUGGAGUCCUGGUACUGGGGACCAAUGUGAGAUGAGCCCAAAUCUGGUUGCUCUGGGAGGCAGGAUCUGGGAAGCCAGGGGAUUUGCCUGCUAGGAGGCAGUGAGGCCCCACAACUAGGCCCAGAACUUGUGGCAACUAUCUGCCCACCUCCCUGCUGUGUGAAGGAGGACACAGUGAUCAGUGGGACACAAGGAGACAAUGGCACCCACAGCACUGGAGCUUAGGGAGAAGGGUGACCUAGGAGUGUGUUGACAGGGGUGACCUGAGGGUCAGAGACUACCCAGCAGAAAGGUGUCAGCAAGUAGAGUCACGGGCCUAGGUCUGGAUGGGUUCAUCUGUGUAUUUUUUUUUUUGCUGCCCUUUGGUGUGGCUGACUUAGCUGUCCUCAUCGUGACAGGACUGGGGGACCUUUGAGGACGUGGCCGUGUACUUCUCCCGCGAGGAGUGGGAGCUCCUUGAUGAGACUCAGAGGCACCUGUACCAUGAUGUGAUGCUGGAGAACCUGGCGCUUGUGGCCUCACUGGGUUGUUGGUGUGUAGUGGAGGAAGCCCCUCUUGAACAGAGUGUUUCUGUAGAAGGAGUGCUCCAUUUAAGUACCCCUAAGGUAUGUCCUUCCACCCAGAAGGCCGACACCUGUAACAUGUGUGGCCUGGUCUUGAAAGACAUACUACACCUGGCUAAGCAUCAGGGAAUACACCUUAGGCAGAAACCAUACGAAUGUGAGGCAUGUGGAAGAGGCCUCUGGCUCAGUACAAACUCUCACCAGCACCAGCAGGAGCACAGUGGAGAACUCUCCACAAGCAGUGAACGUGCUGAGGAUGUGCUGGACAGCCACGACCUCCUGCAGCAUCAGGCCACCUACAGCCUGGGGAAGCCACACAGGGGCACCAGGCACAAGGAGGCCUUCCAGCCCCACUCCGGCCUCCAGCAGCACAGAGUCCAUGCCACACAGAAGCCCUUCAAGUGCAGAGACUGUGGGGAAGCCUUUCUAAAGUCCUUCAUCCUCCUGGACCACCGGCUAGCUCACUCCAGAGAGAGACCCUUCCAAUGCCCAACAGGGGCAAAUGCCCCUAAAGAGAACUCCACCGUUGUUCAACACCAACAAAAUCACACUGGGGAAACAUCCCAUGUGUGUCAGGAAUGUGGGAAGGCCUUCAGCCACCUUUUUAAACUGACGACACAUCAGAAAGUUCAUCCUGGAAAAAUGCAUCACAGUUGCAGUGAAUGUGGGAAAGCCUUCACCCGGAAACACUCACUUGUUCAGCACCAGAGAGUUCACACUGGAGAACGGCCUUAUGAGUGUGGCCAGUGUGGGAAGGCCUUCACUCGCAGCUUCCAUGUUGUUCGGCAUCAGAAAGUUCACAACACAGAAAGGCCUUAUGAGUGCAGACGGUGCCGGAGAGCCUUCAGCUGUAUCGCCAAUUUUGCCGAGCACCAGAAAAUACACACUGGGGAAAGGCCUUAUGAGUGCAACAAAUGUGGGAAGGCCUUCAUUAACAGCUCUCAUCUUGUUCGGCAUCAGAAAGUUCACAACACAGAAAGGCCUUUUGCGUGCAGCGAAUGUGGAAAAGCCUUCCGGCAAACCUCCAAACUUACUCUGCAUCAAAGGAGUCAUACAGGAGAAAGGCCUUAUAAGUGCAACCAGUGUGGGAAAGCCUUCAGUUGUCCCUCCAACCUUGUUCCACAUCAGCGAAUUCAUACUGGAGAAAAGCCUUAUGAGUGCUCAGAAUGUGGAAAAGCCUUUAGUCAAAGCUCUGCACUCAUUCAGCACCAGAAGGUUCACACCAGAGAAAGGCCUUAUGAGUGCAGUGAAUGUGGAAAGGCCUUCAGCUAUAGCUCGAACCUUGUUAAACACCGGAAAGUUCACACUGGAAAAAGGCCUUAUGAGUGCAGCCAGUGUGGGAAAGCCUUCAGUGAAAGCUCCAUCCUCAGUCAGCAUCAGAGAGUUCACACUGGAGAAAAGCCUUAUGAGUGUAACAACUGUGGAAAAGCUUUCCGCUACAGCUCAAACUUCUCUAAGCACCAGAAAGGUCAUACUGGAAAAGAGCCAUCUGAGUGCAGAGGACAUAGGAAAGCUUUUAGCCAGAGCGCCAGCCUCACUCAGCACCAGAAGGGUCAUUCCAAAGAAAGGCCUUAGGAGUGUGGCAAAUGUGGACAACUAGUAACUAACUGGGGCACUUUCCUUGUUCACCUUAAAAGAGUUCACUCCUGAGAAAACUUCUGUGAAAGGAACCUUUGUGAAGAAGCCAUAAGCCAAAAGUUGAAAAAUAUCCUAACACCCCUACCAUGAGAUUGCCAGAUACCUGGGAAGCUUUCAGGAGCUACAUCACACUUUCUAAUCUGUCCAGGUGCUUUGCCAGAUUCUGUCACUGCCAGAUGCCAUCUCACUUCUACCAGCUGGCAGGUCCUCCCACAGCCUGUCAUCUCAGCAUACUUAGGGAAGGCUGAUUUUGUGCUCUCUCAUUCCCUGGAGGGAGACAUGAGAUGGGAGCUCUUUGCUGUGGCCUCAUUUACCGUCUCUGCCCUGUCCCCAGUGGUUCAGGCAUAGCCCUGAUCUCUUUCUCUCCAGGAGGAUCUGACUGGAGUCUGGGGACUUGCAGAAGUAGUUUCCCUCUUUUGUGGGUUUUGGUUUUUUUGUUUCAUUUUGUCAAGAUUUUAUUUAUUUAUUUGACAGAGAGAGCAAGCACAAGUAGGGGAGGGGGAGCAGCAGGCAGAGGGAGAGGAAGAAGCAGGCUCCCGGGGAGCCCAGUGUGGGGCUUGAUCCCAGGACCCUGGGAUCAUGACCUGAGCUGAAGGCAGAUGCUUAACAACUGAGCCACCCAUACGCCCCUAUGGGUAUUGCUGUCUACAGAUGGUGCCUGCAAUGGAUUUGUCCAGUCUCCAAAUCACCCAUCCCUGGAACUGCCUGUCUACAGAGUGUGUGAUAAUAAAGGCCUUAUUGUUGAA